AUGGACCUGCUGGUGGUACCUCGAUCAUGGACUUGCAGCCUCCAGAGCAGUGAGAAACAAAUCCUGUUGCUUUUAAAUUACUCAGACUAUGCUGCACAGCAAAGACUGUUUAACAUUCUUCUUUAUAUUUUGUCUUUUGGGGAACUCUACCAGGAAACUUACGAUCAUCUUUUGGAAGUCCCCGUCUCUCGGGAGCAAUUAAACCAUUAUCGGAAUGUGGCUGAAAAUGCUCGAAGUGAACUUGCAGCGACUUUGGUCAAAUUCGAGUGCGCUCAGAGUGAGCUCCGAGACCUCCGAUCCAAGAUGCUUUCUAAAGAAGUUUCUUUUAAAGAGUUGAAAGCUGAAAUGGAGAGCUAUAAAGAAAACAAUGCCAGAAAGUCAUCCUUCCUCACCUCUUUGCGAGACAGAGUGCAGGAGCUAGAGGAGGAAUCGGCAGCACUUGCCACAUCUAAAAUCAGAACAGAAAUCACAGCUCAGGCUACAACAAAAGAGAACCAGGAACUAAAGAAGAAAGUUGUGGAACUCAAUGAGAAAUUACAAAAGCAUUUGAAGGAAAAUGAAGAGCAGAAGGACCAAAUCUCUGAGAGUGGCAGGAAACAUCAGGAAUUCCUAACCCAGCUUCGUGACUGCCUGGAUCUGGACAAGAAGAAUGAACAGGCGUCGGGUGAAGACAUCAUUUUGAAGCUCAGGGAACUGUGCAAGGAAAACGCUUUGGUGAAAGGACAGAUCGUUACUCUUGAAGAGGCUAUAAACGUCCAUGAGAUGGAGGCAAAAGCUAACAGAGAGACGAUCGUGAGGCUGGCUUCAGAAGUCCACAGGGAGCAGAGAAAAGCUGCCUCCCUCGCUGAGGAGAAAGGCCGGCUGGAGCAGGACUUAUUCAGUGCUGUAGAAGCAAAAGAAGCUCUUGAAAAGGAAGCUGCGAUCCUGCAAGAAAGGCUGUGUGCUGGCCAGCGGGCCUGGGAGGCCUCGAAGCAGGAGCUGAGCGUCCUGAAGAAAAGCGCCCAUGAGUUGGAGAAGAGUUUGGAGGCAGCCGCAGCCUCACAAAGCCAGCACUCCUCAUUUAGGGAGAAAAUCGCAGCCCUCCUGAGAGGCAGCAUGGGCGUAGCUGGAACCACAGAGGAUGCCCUUUUGGAGAGGAUUCGAGAGAUGGGCAGCCAGGAGGACAGCAGGAGAAGGAUGGUCUCCCAGCUUGAAGCUCAAAUAUCCGAGCUUGUGGGACAGUUGGGCAGCGAGUCUGGGUCUCACCAGAAAGCUCUCCAGAGGGCCCGGAAAGCAGAAAACCAGUUGGAGACUCUGCAGGCACGGCUGACACACCUGGAGGGAGAGCUGGUUUCUGGAGAUGUUCUGCGGGACAGCUUGAAUUUUGAGAAACAAAAAUAUCUUAAAUUUCUGGACGAGCUUUCAGAGAAAAUGAAGCUGGACCAGAUGGCUGCUGAACUUGGCUUUGAUAUGCGUCUGGAUGUGGUUUUAGCUCGAACAGAGCAGCUGGUCCGCCUUGAGAGCAAUGCAGUCAUCGAGAACAAGACAAUUGCCCACAAUUUACAGAGAAAGCUAAAGACUCAGAAAGAAAGACUGGAGAGUAAAGAACUGCACAUGAACCUUCUCCGGCAGAAAAUAGCCCAGCUGGAGGAGGAGAAGCAGGUGCGCACGGCCUUGGUGGUGGAGAGGGACGAGGCCCAUCUCACCAUCAGGAAGCUGGAGAAGAAGGUGGAGAGGUUGCAGAAGGAUCUGAGCAUGUGUCGAGACUCUAACACGGAGCUCAAAGCCAAGCUGGCUGAUACCAAUGAGCUUAAGAUUAAAACUUUGGAGCAGACCAAAGCCCUUGAAGACCUAACUAAAUCCAGAGACAAGCUGGAGAAGAUGAAGGAGAAAGUUGAGAAGAAGCUAAUAUCUGUCAAGUCAGAACUGGAUACCGCCGAGCAUGAUGCCAAGGAGGAUAAAGAAAGGGCCAGAACCAUGAUAGAAGUGGUGACAAGUGAAAUGAAUACACUAAAAAAAUCUCUGGAAGAAGUAGAAAAGAGAGAAAAGCAGCUGGUGGAUUUCAGGGCAAUUGUGUCCAAGAUGUUGGGCUUGAAUGUGACCAAUCUCGCUCUUCCUGACUAUGAAAUCAUCAAAAGUCUUGAAAGACUGAUCCAUUCCCAUCAGCAUCAUUUUGUCACCUGUGCCUGCCUCAAAGAUGUGACUACUGGGCAAGAUAGACACCUGCAAAGCCACCUAAAAUUUCCUCAUUGAACAUUGGGUCUC